AUGUCCCGCCACCACCCCGACCUCGUCAUGUGCCGCAAGCAACCCGGCAUCUCCAUCGGCCGUCUCUGCGACAAAUGCGAUGGCAAAUGCCCCGUCUGCGAUUCCUACGUGCGCCCGACCACCCUCGUCCGCAUCUGCGACGAAUGCUCUUUCGGAAACUACCAGAAUAAGUGCAUUGUCUGCGGUGGCGAGGGAAUCAGCGAUGCCUUCUAUUGCUUCGAGUGUACGCGUCUGGAGAAGGAUCGGGAUGGGUGUCCGAAGAUUAUAAACUUGGGAAGUUCGAGGACGGAUUUGUUUUAUCAAAAAAAGAGUUUUCGGAAUCAAUGA